CGUCCCAGAACGAAUGGGUUGCGGAACGCGAAUUGAGGUUGACGUCGCGCCUAAUUGAAAUCUAAAUUAAAUACCUUUUAUAAAUACCGAUUAAAAAUAUUUGGACGAAAACACGUAGAGAAAUAAAGAGAGAGGAGUUUUCGAGAUUGAUAUUUCAACAUAUAGAAUCUCAAUAAUGUAGAGAUUUUACGAAUGUAUAUAUAUAACUCUUAUGUUAUAAAUUGCAAGAGUCUCUGCUUAGAUAUAGGUUAAUGUUUUCCAAACAAAGAGAACAACAUGAGCACUGUUAAAGACACAAGAUCCGAAUAUGCAGCGAGAGAUGCUGAAGAGGAAUCGUGCGGCAAGGCCGAAGUGAAGUCUGAAGCCACGCGUCUCAGUCAUCAAGAAUUAGUGAAGUUAACCAAAACGACUAUAAACAAUCUCGUCGAGAGUGAACCGUUGCUCUCCGGAUUGCCCUCGGACGUCACGAUAGAAGAGCUGAAAUCGCAGAUCGCGGUUGCGCAAGGGCAAGCCAUAACUUUAUUCCUGAAUCGCGGUGAACUGCCGAGGCUCGCAGUAGUGGUAUCUCCACACAACACAACAGUGCUCGAUCUGAAAAAGGCCAUCAAACGACACAUGAAUUUGGCAUUGAAGAGAGAGAACGUGGAAAAGAAGAUAAGCUGGAAGCACAUCUGGAAGAAGUAUCACCUUUGCUUCGACGACAUUAGACUUUCUGACGAUAACGAAAACAUUAAAGCUUAUGGUAUCGCCAAUAAGGUGGAAUUACAGUUUGCGAAGAGGCGCAGGGAAAAGAAUAAAUUAAAAAGUUAGCAGUA